UGAAGGAGGACGCUGCUAAGAGACCAGCCAGCAGGAAAAGGAGUAGCGAGGAGAGAAAAGUGGUUCAGCUUCCAUCAGCGCCAAAAAGAUUCAGGACAGACAGCAGGUGAGAAGCUGGAGAUGUGCUUGUCACUAGGCUAAAAGGAAGUUUUCUGGACAGGCAUCAUUCAGAAGCAGUACAAAGGCGGGGGGAAGUAAUUUUGUAGUCCAAUCAGAGGCUUGAAAGGAUUGAAAAUUUCAGGAGUCAGUCCAGAAAUCUCAGGAGUUCAAUGACGAAGUUUGAAGAAAUGCAUACAGGUAAUGGGACCCUUGUAGAAAAGAGCCAGCCGUACCUAGAUGAGGAGAAGCAUCAGGCAAACGGGAAACCAGUAGCAAAUGGGAAGGCCAAGGACUCUGCAAAGCAGCAAGCAAAUGGGAGGUGUGAUGUGCCCAGAAAAAGCAUCAACACGUACAGCUGGCAGGAGAUCCGGAGACACAAUCAGGAGGCGGAUCAGUGGCUGGUGAUCAAUCGCAAGGUCUACGAUGUCACGGGCUGGGCGGAGCGGCACCCAGGUGGGCGCCGGGUCCUCCACCACUAUGCUGGGGAAGACGCCACGGAUGUCUUCAGAGCCAUGCACCUGGAGCUAGACAUUGUGAAAUUGUACCUCAAGCCACUGCUCAUCGGAGAGCUUGCCCCAGAAGAACCCAGCCAGGAGAGACACAAAAAUUCCGAGUUGGUGGAAGACUUCCAAGAAUUGCGGAGAACAUUAGAGACUAUGAACAUGUUCAAGGCCAAUCUGAUGUUCUUCUUCCUUCACUUUGCCCAGAUAUUGAUUUUGGAAACUCUGGCUUGGUUUAUGCUGUGGCAUUUUGGCACUGGCUGGCCUAUCACAAUAUUUAUUUCCCUUCUUCUCACAGUUUCUCAGUCUCAGAGUUCAUUUCUGCAGCAUGACACGGGACACCUUUCCAUAUUUAAGAAGUCCAAGUGGAACCACCUGAUGCAUAAAGUCGUGAUGUGUCAUCUCAAGGGUCUAUCAUCAAACUGGUGGAAUUACCGACAUUCCCAGCAUCAUGUAAAACCAAACAUCUACCCCAAAGACCCAGAUAUUGACGUGGGCCCACUUUUUCUGGUUGGAGAUUCACAACCUGUCAAAUACGGCAAGAAGAAAAUCAAAUACAUCGACUAUGAAAAGCAGCACCUGUAUUUCUACAUGGUUGCUCUCCCCUUCCUCAUGCCUGUGUAUUUCAACCUGCAAUCCAUGCAAGUGAUGUACCUCCGAAGGUACUGGUGGGACAUCGUCUGGGUCAGCAGCUUUUACAUCCGCUAUUUCAUCACACUUGGCCCUUUCUAUGGAAUCUUCGGAACCUUGUUGCUCAUAUACGUGGUCAAGUUUCUUGAAAGUCCCUGGAUUGCAUAUGUUACCCAGAUGAGCCACAUACCAAUGAAAAUGAGCAGAGAGGAGAACCAAGAUUGGCUCAGCACUCAGGUCUUGGCCACCUGUAAUGUUGAACAGUCCUUUUUCAAUGAUUGGUUCACUGGGCACCUGAACUUCCAAAUCGAGCACCAUCUGUUCCCCACAAUGCCACGCCAUAAUUAUCACAAGGUGGCACCUCUGGUGAGGUCACUGUGUGCCAAGCACGGACUGCAGUAUGUGAAUAAGCCCAUAUGGAAGGCAUUCGGAGACAUCGUCCGGGCCUUGAAGAAAUCCUCAGCCCUCUGGAUGGAUGCUUAUUAUGAAACCUGAUGCAGAAUGUCAGCCUUGACAUGCAUGUCAAGCGCAUCUCUGAAGAGGGUUUAGUGAAUGUGCUCUUCCCUGCUUACCUGUCAGCACCAUGGACGUACCUGAGUGUGCCAGGACUGUGAAUGCCAAGUGCACACGAUAACCCUUUCCCCUGAAUAUUUUCUCUGCAAAUACAAAGCAAACACAAGACGGCUUUGGCCACGGUAACAAAAGGGAAAUGGGAGCCACGUGUUUUUACUUCUUUAAUAGGACUUUGAGCUUAGUCAUGCCAAUAGAUGUUAGUCAGAUCACCUCAAACUCUGGGGUCUAAGUACAGAAGUGAGGUAAAAGUUUUACUGAUGAAGUGGGCAUAGGAAGAAGAGAACCAAAGGAGAGACUGCUAAGGGGCACUCGGGGAAACAGUGCAAUUGCUCUUAGAAGAGAAUCAUGUAUUUAAGAAGUUCCUACAGAAGCACACAUUUUUGCUUAUUCCUUUUUUAAAUAUGUGAACUUCUUUUUCUUUAAAAAUUGAAGAUGAUUAACAAUAAAUCUCUUUAAAUAUUUCAA